ACCUCCAUCACGUGGAAGGAUUUACAACAGAACAGAUCGUAAACAAUUUCACAAUCACAGCUGCUCUCACAAAGAUCAAAUUAUUCUGUCUCGUUUGUUUAUAGAGUUUAUCAACGGAACAGGUCGUUGGCCAUGGGUUUGUUCAGUCUGAUGAGUAACAAGAAAAAGACGCCGAAGGAGAAGAAGAAGUUCAGACACAGGAGACAGAAAAAAGCAGAGUUAAAGAAGAGAAGAGGACCCCAGGUCAUAGAAAUUAAAGAUAUGGAGCUGCUUAGUAAAGAGCAGAUUAAGAAGAAAAUGAAAAAUACACAUGUAAAUAUUACAGUAUCAGGCAAGAGGAGGAGAAAAAUGCUUAAAAGACUGAGGAACCAAGAACGCGCGAACAUUUUGGCAGAAGCUGCUGUUAGUAAGACGAACGACAAGCCUUCCACUUCAUCCACCACGGCAGUAUCAGAAGAAGAGGAUAUGACAGAAUGAUAUCAGAUUAAUAACUACAUGUUGCACAGGGCUUGAAAUACUGGCCUGCGUAAAGCAGUCCAUUUUCUAGACCUAGCAGGCCUACCAAAAAAAUAAAAUUACAGGGAGGAUAUGACAGAAUGAUAUUAGAUUAAUAACUACAUGUUGCGCAGGGCUUGAAAUACUGGCCUGCGUAAAGCAGUCCAUUUUCUAGAUCUAGCAGGCCUACCAAAAAAAUAAAAUUACAGGGAGGAUAUGACAGAAUGAUAUUAGAUUAAUAACUACAUGUUGCGCAGGGCUUGAAAUACUGGCCUGCGUAAAGCAGUCCAUUUUCUAGACCUAGCAGGCCUACCCAAAAAAUAAAAUUCCAGGGAGGAUAUGACAGAAUGAUAUUAGAUUAAUAACUACAUGUUGCGCAGGGCUUGAAAUACUGGCCUGCGUAAAGCAGUCCAUUUUCUAGACCUAGCAGGCCUACC